AUGGAAAUGGACAAUAAUGAAUGGGUUCGUCCACAAAUUGUCGAUGCGGGGUCUAAAACUUUCCACUGGCUGUGCUCGGUUUUUUUGCUUCUGAUCGUACCUUCGCUGUCAACUUCGCUGGCAUUUGCAGGUCGGCUCUAUUCUUCCUUGAUUUUGCAGUUCAUCGCACUUGGAUAUGCAGCAGUUGAGGCUUUAAUCCUGAGGUUUCCGGAUGGAAACGGAAUUGAAAAUCGAACGUCGAGGGGAACUGCUUGGUUUCUUGUGCUCUUGCUUGGGAUAACGGUUUUUUUCGGUAGUGUUGCGAGUGGUUCAGGAGUGCUUAUCGAAAGAAAGAGGCUAGAGUCAUUUGUGACCAAGGCUGGUGAUGGGAGGUUGAAGUUUUUUCAUAGAGGUCUGUCGUUCGCAGUCGUGUUGACAGGGUGGGUCAGAGUAUGCCUUGCACCGGCAGCGCUGUUUGGUUUUUGUAGAGAAAAACAUACUGGACAAUGCAUUGCGCAUGGGAUCAUGGGCUCAUCUUUCGUGCUCUAUGGGUUCGUUUAUUCACUGGUUCUAGUGAUUCCGUGGAUUAGAAAUUCAAAGAGAGCCUACUCGCAAGACCAGAUCGAUAGCUGGGUUAUGUGUAUUUGGGGAAUUGUGAAUACAUUCACUGAGCACAGAUGGGGAAAAGAAGGCUGGUCCCAUGGCGAUUAUCAGCACACAGCUAUGGGUAUCCUGUGGUGGGCUGGGGGGUUGUUGGGGAUAUUUCUGACUCGCGGUGGAAAGAGGUCUUUUGUCCCUAGUUUACUUAUAGUUUUCACAGGAUGGGCCAUGUCAGAACACUCGCAACACUUGGUUAUUAGCACGAAAGUCCAUGCUUUGUUUGGCUUGGUUUUAAUGAGCGGAGGUGCUCUAAGAAUUAUUGAAAUUUCGUUUAUCUUGAAGGACCGAAGAACGGACACUGAGAUAAGAUCCUUUCAGUACCUAGCUCCUUUUUGUCUCGUAUGCGCCGGAAUUCUUUUCAUGAGCGCAAAUGAGGAGCAACUAGAGCUUGUUUUAAGACUUGGCGCAGAUCAUAGUGCCUACAUUUUGGUCGUAAUUUCGGCAGCUUUUGUCACAUACCUUUGGAUGCUACUUUCGCUCGAGUUUUAUUUGAAGUUGACAGGGCUAUCUCACGAACACCAAUCAAUGAACCUGAAUCGAUUGAGCACGCAAGGUGGUAUAACAGACUUCGAGCUUGAGGACCUUGAAGCGGAACAUUGA